AUGCUACAGUACAACGCAACACAAUACUUCAUCACAGAGUAUGAUCGAGUUGCAUCGACAUACCCUCCCAACAACACAUUGCUCACACAAUCAAUCAAAUACAACAAUCAACGAGUGUUUGAUCAUCUACUGAGCAACACAAACAUGUCGAUACCGAUGAAGUACGGUGGGAAGGACAUAUACACUGACGUGAUCACAGCUGUUGUCACGAGUGGCAACAUGUACAUGCUUCAGACCUUCUUCGACAUGACAGGCCAUGGCAUCAUCAGAAGUCUCAAGCGCGACCAACUGAUGCUCGCCAUCAAUCACAACGAACACUUUGUUCGACUGUUGCUUCAACAUACAACCGUUCAUGUACCUGUAACCUACUCGAUCAAUAUCAGUCUGUCUCGGCGUGCUGUCUGUAUCGACAUGCUUCGUCUACUCAACGAAGAGUUUGCCGCCUAUCGACUGCUGGCGGACUCAACAUGGAUGAAGCUAGCACAUACGUCAUUAUCCUGGGAGAUGGCAGAGUCUGUCGAGUACCUCUUGGAUCACAUCCCAGCAAGCCUUACAUCACGCGGAUGGAGAUACUAUAUUCGAGAUAGUUACAUCAAUGGAAAUGUCGACACACUCAAGGUUAUCUUCUACAUCCCAAUGUUAUUGUAG